AUGCAGUUUCUAGCCAUUGCGUUGCUUGCUGCGAGUGCAGUAGUUGUGGCGGAUACUGAAAAUGAGGGACAUCAUAGAGACUCGGGUUGGGUGAAGGACUUUAAGAAUCUGGUUGCGUUUGGUGACAGCUACACCGACGAGAGCAGACUUGCGUACUUUUACUCCCACAAUGGCAGUGCCCCGCCACCAGGACUUCUCCUCCCAGAGAAUAACUUCACAUCCGGUGGAGGGAUCACUUGGGAUCGAUGGGUCUCCAAUUACACUGGUGCCAAGCUGUAUGACUAUGCGGUGUCUGGAGCAGUCUGCGAUAAUAACAUCAUUUACCGAUAUCUUGCUGGAAUUCAUGGUCCAUUUCCAGAUGUUGUCUACGAGGUUAAUGCUUUCAAGGCGGAUGUUGCAUAUAUCAAUGCCUCUACUGGCACUAACACACUAUACACGGACCGAACAGCAGAAAACACGGUGUAUUCGAUGUGGAUUGGGACCAACGACCUCGGACAGGGCGCGUUCAUUACUGACAGUGAGGUGAACAAUAGUACUAUCCCGGACUACAUUGACUGUAUCUACGACCGCUUUGACUCCAUCUACGCAGCUGGCGGGAGAUAUUUCGUCUUGAUGAAUACCGCUCCGUUACAGUUGUCGCCAUUAUACGGCUUGCCGGAAGAUGGAGGACUUUCUACGAGUAGAUAUUGGCCCACCAAGACAUCGACCGGAGGUAAUGCUACCGAAAUAUCAUACAAGAUGAAAGAAUACACGCAACUCGUCAACACUGUCUUCGACUACCGCACACCAUAUGAACUCCUAGUCGCAAAACGGUACCCUGUACUUGACGCGCCGGCGAAUGUCACGGGCCCGUAUUGGAACUGUGAUGCUGCUGGCACGUGCACGGGGAGUGAUGUUGGGUUGGAUCAUUAUCUGUGGUAUGAUGACUUGCAUCCGUCGGAGAAGACGGAUGAGGCUAUCGCGCAUGAGUUUGUGAGUGUUGUGGCGGGGACGAGUAAGUUUGCUACUUAUUGGUAG